UGAGUAUCGAAUUUCUUCUCUUUCUCUCUCUACAUCAGACAAAACAAAAGUAAAAAGAGAGGGAGAGGGGGGAGAAAAAGCUCUCUUCGCCUGCCUCACGCGAAAACGUUUUCCUUUUCCCAAUUUCUCUCUCUGGACAUAUGUGACCGAUCAAGUCAAACAUUGCCAAAAGCGAAAGGGAAAUCAAAAAACAAAAAUACCCUCUCUCACCGAUCAAUACCAAAAUUGAAAAUUUGGAAAUUUGAAGGGCAGAGAGAGAGGUUUUGGGAAAUAAAAAAAUCUCAAGUCUUUUGCAGCACCUGGUUUUUGCUAUAGCAAAGGUAGUUGGUCGCAAUUUCCUUUCUUUUUUUAUUGGGGUAGUUUUCCUUUUAUUGUUUAGUUUUCUCCAGAAAAUUCAAGGUAUUUUCCAGGAAAGUUAAUUUUUUUAAAGGAAUCUGAGGAAAACACGAACAACCCAACUUUUUUUUCUGCCUAUCUUGAUUUCUUUUGUUGGUAUCCUCAAAUCCUAUCAUUAACGUAAUCCAUUCGAUCAUCCCUAUCAUCGUCAGAAUACCCAAACUUUUACAACACCCCUAAAAAUUAAUAAAAAAAAAAAGAAAAAGGAAAGAAAGACCAAUAAUAUUGAAUUAGUAGUUUUGAGUUAUUGAUUUCGAUCCUCCAUGAGAAAAAUCGAUUUCCACUUGAAUCCCAUUUUUUUUAUCUGAAUUGGAUCGAAUUUGUUGUUUUGUUCUGGAAAAAAGAAUUUAAAGUAAAAAGAAUGGCGAUGAAAGGUGUGCCAUUAGAGCAGUGGAGGGAUUAUUUCCGGACAGCAAAUUCGGACAUAUUUGAUAUAAUCGAUCAUGCAAUAACGGUGGCAGCUUUGGAUUGUCCUAAAGAGUUCAGAUUACGCAGAGAUCAAAUUGCUGAGAAGCUCUUUACUUGUAAAUUCACUCGCUGUUCCGGUUGCGACCGUGUCAAGUUGGUGGUCCCUGAAUACGGAGCCGAUAACGGCAGAGGCUGCCGAGCAAGGUUUAAAGGAGAAGCUGAUGAAGAAGAUGGAUGUGAGUUUUUCGAGGCAGGCGGUAGCAAAGAGAGCAAGGCUAAUAGUAGCAGAGAUGAUCCUUUGAUUAAUCAAAUUGCUAGUAAUUAUAGCUAUGGAGAGGCCGAGGCUUUGACUGACGAAAUUGAAGAAGAGUCUAUGAUGGUUGGGGAAGUCUACAGGAUCAAAGAGAUUCUUCACAAUAGUCAAGAUGAGUCUGAUUCUGUGUUGUUCGAUUCAUUGAGGCGACUUCAGUUAAUGGCUUUGACUGUGGAUAUUUUAAAGGCAACUGGGAUUGGAAAGGCUGUUAAUCGUGUCAGGAAGCAUUCAUCGAAGCAGAUUCGUCAUCUUGCACAAACUCUCAUCGAUGGUUGGAAGGAAUUGGUGGAUGAGUGGGUUAAUGCUGCAAAGGCUAUUGCUGAGGGUACCCCAGAAUCUGUGAAUCCAUCUGUUCUUGAUAAUGAAGAGGAAAAAGAAGAAGAAGAAGAAGAAGGGCUUCCAUCUCCUCCUUUAGAUGUAGGAGCUUUCUUUGCUACUCAACCUACAUCAAUGGAGCUCUCACAGUUUUUUGACGGCAUGGAUGAUGAUGGAAAUCCUCGCAACAGUGGAGAAUUCAUCAAGAACCUGGACAACAGAAGAAAACCUUCACAGGAGAACCAAAAUGUGUCAAAAAGGAAACAGCAGACUUCAAGUGAAGCAGUUCUGCUCACCAAGGAUGACAAGAGUCGACAAAUGAAGAGACAAGAACCUGUUGACAACCCUAAUAACAAGCCCCAGAGAAAAAAUAUGGGGUCUGGGAGACCUCCAAAACAUGAUAUGGAGCAAAAGGCCAACUUUGAAUCAAAGUUGCUGCUGAAAUCAGAUAAGAUGGCUGUUCCAAAGAAGCCUCUCAGCAGUCAACAAGAUAAAUUCAAGACUUCAGAUGACAUUGCUGUCCAGCGAAAGCUUGAGGCCACAAAAAGGAAGCUUCAAGAGCGAUAUCAACAGGCUGAGAAUGCCAAGAGGAAGCGGACAAUACAGGUAAUGGAGUUGCAUGACCUUCCAAAGCAAGGGUCUGUCCCAAAAAAUGCAUAUAUGAAACCUGGGAACCAUAAUCGGCAGUGGGUAAAUGGAAGGAGAUAGUGUCAUUUGGAAGAGUGGUGUGGAUAGCCUUCAUAGUUUCUUCCAUUUUGCAAAUUAUGUGGAAGAAUACCAAUAAUAAACAGGUGCAGAGUGACCGGAGCCACUUCAGCAAUCAAUAAUAAGAAUUCUUUUCAGUGAUGGUAGCGCUGUGAAGCUACAGAAGGGACAUUCUCAAAUCAAACUUUUGAGUCUGUCUUACAUUUUGAAACUUUUAAGGUAUAGGGACUUUUUCUUUUGCUGAUUAGAUAGGAAGUAUAGGAUGGGUAAAUUACACAUUUGGAGACUGAAUUCUUGAAGCAAUGCUUGAACGUAUCUCUGUAUAGAAUCCUGAUUUUUAGCGCACCCCUUUGAUUGACAUCUCAACAUUCUUUUUCCUCAUAAUUAACACCUGAAUUUACUUGGAAUAACUGUUUCGUAGUGAAAUGAUAGUGAUCAGUUCUAAUCUCUGUUGUUUUU